AUGGGGCGGAGCCCAUAAGGGGCAGGGCCUUGGAAGAGAGGGCGGGGCCAGAGGGAGGCGGGAGUGCCUCUAAGCAGCAGCCGCCGCAGUGACCUCCAGCAUCUGAGCGGGCAUAGCAUCGCUGUGUGCAGGAACGGGGUAUAUGAGAUCCCCUCGGCCAGCCCGGCCUGGUCACGGAGCAGGAGGGCCUAGGGAGCUCCCUGAGGGCUUGGGUGCGUGGAUGGGACUCUGAACUCUGGACAACAGGGCAGCACUGGCCCCACGGCGGCCCUCAGGGCAAAGAUGGGGAGAGUCCCUGAACCUGGCGACGCAUUCAGUAGGGGACCACGAUGACCGGCGCCAGCCCCUGGCCUGGAGGGGGAAGGGCUUGGCUGCCCGAGCCGGCCGCUUCCCCCCUGCAGCUAUGACCACGAGCAAUGACACUGUGUGGGGCUCUUCGGUGGGAGAGGAAGCCUGGGCCGGGGCGGGAGUCCAGGUGGAGGAGUCAGCACUUCCCACCUUCUCAACCGCAGCUAAGAUCCGAGUCGGAGUGACCGCUGCUCUGUUCCUGUCGUCGGCUGUAGGGAAUCUGGCUGUGCUGUGGUCAGUGACACGACCGAGAUCUAGUCGACUCCGCCCCUCUCCUGUCCGCCGACUUUUCGGCCACUUGGCCGCUGCAGACUUACUGGUCACUUUUGUGGUCAUGCCGCUGGAUGCUGCAUGGAAUACCACCGUCCAGUGGCUCGCUGGAGAUGUUGCUUGCCGGACACUCAUGUUCCUGAAACUGCUGGCCAUGUACGCGGCUGCUUUUUUGCCUGUGGUCAUUGGGCUUGACCGCCAGGCUGCAGUGCUUCAUCCUCUUGGACCCCGAGGGGGUGGGCGAAAGCUGCUGGGAACGGCCUGGGGGCUUAGUUUUCUGCUUGCCCUGCCCCAGUUUCCAGGUGCUUGAGAACUUAGAAGGGGAAGCUUCAGCAUGUAUUGAAAGAUUUCUACUUCUAACCUGCUAUGUGGCUUUGGAUAAGUCACUUACUUCUGGACCUGAAUUGCUUCCUCUAUAAAAUAAAGCUUUGGGCUAGACAGUCUCUAAAGUCUUCCUGCUAUAGGAUUAUAUGAAUCUGUUUUAUUUUCCAUGGAAAAGGAUAAGAAGACAGGGAUAAUUGUGGGUAAACUCAAGUGCUAUGGAUUACUUGGAGCCUUGAUCUACUUUCUGAAUGUGGAGAAGGGUUAGGUUCCUGGCAUUUAUUUGGAUCCCUUCAGAUUUGCACCAAAUACUGACUUUUCUAUAUGCCACCAGAAGCUAGGGAGGAGCAAACAGAAUUUGUAAAGCCUCUGGACUUUCAUUUUCAGUUUAUAGAAGGGUUAAAUCCCUGGGUCUUUUCUUGGUUCCAUUGCCUUCUUCCUCAGCAGUCUGUCCUUUUUUUCAAGGUUAAUUCUGGGGAGGGAGAGAGGGAAGUUAUUUCUAAACAUUAGAAGGUAGGAUAAGAAAACAGUGAAUACUUGAGAAAAAGAAUCUCUUUUAUUUAUGUUUUACUUACAAAGGUUUUUCUUUGGUGGAUGGGCAUUGAUUAUAUAAAAUGAUCCUUAGGACUGUCCUAUAAAAAGCCUAAGUUUCCCAUGAUGACCUUUUAAUGGUCUUUUGAGUGAGCCUUUAGUUUUCUUCUUAUCUCCACCAUUGAGACUAUGAACAAGUCAACUGUUAUUAACUUGUGCAACUUACCUCACAGAGUUGUUUGAAGGGAAGUGAUUUGGUGGCAAUAAGAAAUAUCACAUAUGGGUUUAUUUUCCUAAGAAUGCUUGAGGCAGCUAGGUGGCUCAGUGGAUAGAGGGAGGCCUGGCGAUGGAAGGUCCUGAGUUUAAAUGUGGCCUCAGAUUCUUCCUAGCUAUGUGACUUUGGGCAAGUCAUUUAAUCCCAAUUGCCUAGCCCUUAUUGCUCUUCUGCCUUGGAAUUGCCAGGUAGUAUUGAUUUGAAACAAAAAAGUAAAGGGUUUAAUUAAAAACAAAACCCAAUGAGCUAGCUAGGUAGUAUAGUUAUUUUACAUUCAACAUACUAACAGGUUUUGACCUAUCCUAUAAGGAAGGGAAAGAGAAAGAAGCAUUUGUAUAGACUACUGUAAGGGAUAAUUUUUAGUGUUUUGACUUAAAAUCUAAAUAAGUGGUCGCCAUGGGAAAUUCCCAAAUAUGAAAAUACCCAAGUCAGCUGGGGAUUUAUGGAGAUUUUAAUUAAUAAAGAGAUAAAGAAUUAAGGUAAGGAGAGAGAGAGAGAGAGAGAGAGAGAGAGAGAGAGAGAGAGAGAGAGAGAGAAUUCAUUUAAACUGCUAGGGAGAGUCAAUCAUCACUCACAAGACCAUCUCCAAGCAAGCUCCAGUCCUCCAUUGAAUCUCCUAAACCGAGUUCAGAAUCUAACUCAAUUCAACUGACCUCUGAACUGUUCCUUCACCUCUUUUAAAAGAGAAUUUUCUCUUGUGUCACCUCCCCUAAAUUUUCACGUCUACCAAUCACAGUAAAUGCUUUUUUCCAGUACUGCCCAUUCUUAGUUCUCACCUUCUCUGGUUAGACUAUAUCUUCUGAGGUACUUCACACCUCUUUAUUAAGCUUGCCUUUUGUAAGUUACUUGACCUUUUUGUGAUCAACUUAACCUUUACAGGUACUUAACACCUUUUUGCAUUAGAUCUAAAAAUAGACCUAUCUUAAGGUUCUAGCUUCACUAUAAGGUAUGAGUUAAGUACUUUCAUUGUUCAAAUAGGCGGUUUACAACUUUUAUCUUCCCUAAAGUAUAUCUAAGUAUGGGUGAAGUAAAUGUAAAGUUCCCAAGACAUUCCUGAUCAAGUAUCUCCAUUGUUACAAUAAGGGAAUAGCUAAACCAAAUCUUCUAAGGUACAGUCUGAGUAGUUUUUAAGAUUCACACUAUGGGCCAAACACUGUGCUAAGCACUUUACAAUUCUCAUUUAGACUUCCCGCAUCAGCCCUUUAAGGUAGAUGCUGUUAUCCCUAUUUUACAGUGAAGGAAGCUAAGGCAGAGGUUGUGAUUUAACCUGAAUCAUACAGUCAAUUAAAUGUCUGAGGCUGGAUUUGGUUAGUAUUUGAUUAUACCUGAAUACUAACUUGUAGAAAUGGAGCAGGGAACUCCUGUUCUGAUUUCUAAUCCAGUUAUCAUCUCAUUAGUACUUGCCACUUUCCUAUCCAGAAUAAACUCAGGGUGGAGCCAAGUUCUAAGCAACUGUUAACAUUGUAGUCGACAUUGGCUCAUUACCUUUCUUGUGAGAUUUCUCCCUUUCUGCUGAAAUGGCCUCUAAGUCACUUCAUUUAAAUGUCAGGGUCUUUUAGCCUCCAUUGCUGAAAUGAAAGUCAACAGCCUGCCAUAGUCUCCAAACAAAACCAAUAAGCAUUCAAAUAGACCAACACAGCAUUAAAGAAAAUGUUGAUUUUUAUUAAUACUUUCACUAGUUAUGAUACACAAGCUCUUCCUCAAGACAUCUUGUAGAAUAGACUGCUUAGUGGGUUUCUGACAGCAUCCAUCAUACUAUAUUUUUCAAACAAUUCAAAUUGUCCACACAUAGCAAAAAUAGUAGCACCAUGGGUUGUUGGCUUAUCAAAUAACUUAGAAAAAAAACCUCUCCUCGUGUGGUCAUGUUAAAACAAUUCAGCUAAAUUUGUAGAUACAUGAAAGCCUUUAAAUGGAUGUUUAUGCUUCCAUCUAUAAUUUUUUGGUUGGCAUCACAGAUAUACUAUUGCCCUAACCAAUACCUUUUGAUAGAUAUUUUAUUUUACCAAUUACAUGUAAUAAUUGUCUACAUAAGUUUUCUGAAAUUAUAUGAUCCAAAUUGUCUCCCUCCUUCCCUUCCCAGAAAUAAGCAAUUUGAUCUGGGUUAGACAUGUAUUAUGCAAAACACAAUAUUGCCCUAUUAACAUCCUUAUGUUGUAGGGGUAAGACAGCAGAGGGAUGGGGGGUAGUGGUGGGGAAUAUUAUGCCAUAAGAAGGUGGAAGUCUUUGUUUUAUACUCCACCCCACUCCAGCUGUUCCUGUUUCAUACUGUCCGCCGUGCUGGCCCAGUCCCCUUCAUUCAGUGUGUCACCAAAGGAAGCUUCAAGGCCCGAUGGCAAGAAAUCGCCUAUAACCUCUUCACCUUCUGUGGGCUCUUCCUGAUACCUCUGACAGCCAUGGCAAUCUGCUAUGGCCGAAUUGUAUUCAGUGUGUCCAGACACCGAACAGGGAAGGGGGAGCAUGGUGAGACUCCAAUUCCUAGAUCCUGAUUCUCAUUGCCCAAUCCAUGGCUUCAGUCCCAAUCUCCUAGUCUUUAGCCUGCAGUGAGAUGCCAAUCACAAGAGCACUCCUUAACUCCAGCCCAUUGAUAUGGGGGAAAUCAGUAAGAAUCCAAAUUUUAUCUGGCCAUCCUUGAAAAACCCCUGCUCCGCACGGUUGUUUCAGCAGGUGGUUGCAUUACCUACCACCUUCUCCCUUGGCUAUGGGUAAUGGUUGGAAUGGAGUCAGGCUGGUUAACUUUUUAUUCUAAGGCAGUACCCCAUACUCUGGCCUGCAGUCCUUCACCCAGCAUGCCUCCUCCCUAAAUCCCAUCUGGAAGGGCAAUUCAUACCCUCAGUGAGGUGUAUGUUUGUGCAUGUGUACAAGGAUAAUAUAGUCAUCUAUAAGCUUGAAAAAGAACUGCAAUAUACAUCUAUCCAUUUCCCUCUUUCCAUCAGCUUGUCUUAUGCCUACCUAGUGCCUAGAAAGGGAAGAAUUGACAAUUAUUCAUCUCUGACUCCCCAGCCACUGCUGGUCAGUUCGCUCUUCGUCGUUCCUUUGACAAUCGCCCCCGUGUGCGGCUUCGGGCCCUUCGACUAGCCCUACUUGUUCUGCUGACCUUCGUUAUCUGUUGGACACCCUACUACCUGCUGGGCCUAUGGUACUGGUUCUCUCCCAGCAUGCUAAGCAAUGUCCCUCCCAGUCUCAGCCACAUUCUGUUCCUCUUUGGUCUCCUCAAUGCUCCCCUGGACCCCUUACUCUAUGGGGCCUUUACUCUUGGCUGUAAAAAAGGGCACCAGGGACUUGGUUCAGAUUCUUCCAGGGGGCAAAUGGACUCUUGGAGAGUCCCUCAACAAGUGGUUCAGCCACCUAGCCAGCUGGAAGUGAACACAGAGGGUAAUGGGAAGGCAGGAGAAAUGGAGGAGACAACUCUAUAACUCUUGCUGAGAUCCAUUUGUUAACUAUAGCCCCAGGCUUCCAAAUACAAAGUAAUAAAGAAUAACUAUUUUUUUUCAGAAUCCCUACCUUGUCCCUGUAGCCACUCCCACUCCUCAUUACCUACCCAAGCCAAACGGACAAAAUAUGGAUGGCACGUGAGUCACCUGGUGAAGAUUUUUCUUCUACCUCUAAUAAGGGAAAGAAUAAGAACAUCCUAGGCUUCAGCAAUUCAAUAUUUAGAACACCCUUGAUACUUCCCUUAAUAUUAUAAUACAUUUUACUCCCUUAGUUGAAAGUGGAAUGGGUUGUCACUACUUAAAGACUCAGAAAAAGCCUGGAUGGCUUCUCUGGCUUUUUACCUGUUGUUUUUGAUUCUCUCAGAUGUAGAAAAGAAAACUAAACUGUUUAUUCACAACUCAAAAGGAACACUUAUGGAGGCGGGAGAUUAAAUCAGAGUCCCAUCCCAGCCCCUUUCCUCCAAGGCUGGAUGUAGGCAAACUGAUCCACUGGAGAGUGUAAUCGGAGCAAUGAAUCAGUCAGCGACGUCUCCGAUCUGGACUCCUGCUCCGUCUUCGGCCACCUCUGGUAAAGGAAAGUAAAAGGGUAGUUUGUCAGGGCAUCCAGAUCAUAAACCAAAUAAUAUUCUACUCUUCACAUCUACAUUCAUCCAACUCACAACCCCUAGCUCUUUCCUCCUCACCUCCUUUUGCCUUUGGGUGGCCCCCGAACAAAACACCAGUCCACACUUAUUGGCUGCCCCAUCAUAUCCUGGCCAUUGAGCCCCUCCAUGGCAGCCUGAGCCUCCUUGUAUGUUUCAUAUUCAACUAGAGUAUAACCCUGGAGAAAAGAUAAAAAAUGCAUCAGACAGCCCCCCAUUCAUACAAAGCAUGGCAAUAAAUUCCCUUGUUCCUACUUAUCAAACCUAAACUUCAACUAAAUAACACAAAUAUUUCAAGACCUGUAAGUUUUCCUUUAAUGAAUGUGCAACAUGAACCCACCAUUUAU